GAAUAGAUAGAAUAGAAUAUUUUAAAACUUUUUCUUACAUAGAAUACUCAAUUAGAAGCACAAUUCCUGAAAACUCAAAGAAAGAUGAUUUAUCAAAUCCAUAGCAAAGAGCAAUUAGACAACUAUGUGGCCAACGCAGGCGAUAAGCUGGUAGUUGUCGAUUUUUUCGCUGCAUGGUGUGAACAUUGUAAGAUUAUAGCACCUCGUUUGGAAGAACUAUCAAGUCUGUAUUGCGGUGAAGCUCUUAUGCUAAAAGUCGAUGUAGAUGAGUGCGAGGAUAUAGCCGUAGAUUAUAAUGUUGUAGUCAUGCCGACUUUUGUAUUCAUAAAAAAUAAAAUAAUUCUAGAUGUGUGUGUGGGAGGUCAUGCUGAAAAACUAACCAAACAUUUUGAAAAGUAUAUAGCUAAUGCGAAUUCGCCAUAAUGAAAGAGAAGGUGAUGAUUGAAAUAAUCUGAACACAGCAAUAGAAGAUAAGUAGGCAGCCUAAAAUAUUCGCCGUUCAUAAAAUGUUCGAAUAAAUUGAAAUAAAAGCAAAAAUGUGGUCUUUGUUUUAUUUGAAAUUUAUA